UGGGGAGCCUGAGGUCUAAAAGCGUGAGCCUCGGAAGCUGGAUGACAACCACGGUGCUCUCUGUGCCUUCACCCCAGUCCUUCUACUGCUAACACAGCCCCAGGCCAAGAACAUGGACAAGCUGCUGCUUCUGGUCUCUGUCCUUGCCAGUCUCCUGGGGGCCUUUGCUGGCACAGACCUCAGGGGUAAGGUAUUUGUGUUCCCUCAAGAAUCUUCUACUGACCAUGUGACCUUGACUCCAAAGAUGGAGAAGCCUCUGAAGAGCUUUACCUUGUGUUUCCGAGCCUACAGCGACCUGAGCCGUGCCCACAGCCUCUUCUCCUACAAUGCCCGGGGCAAGGACAAUGAGAUCCUUGUCUUCAAGGAAAGAGUUGGGGAGUACUCCCUGCACAUUGGAAAAACCAAAGUCACCUUCAGAGUUGCCGAGGUGUUCCUCAGCCCCGCGCACAUCUGUGUUACCUGGGAGUCUUCCACAGGCAUUGCUGAGUUUUGGGUCAAUGGGAAGCCACUGGUGAAGAAGGGUCUGAAGCAGGGCUACUCAGUGGCGACUCAGCCCAAGAUCAUCCUGGGGCAGGAGCAGGAUUCAUAUGGAGGGGGGUUUGACGUGAACCAGUCCUUCGUGGGGGAGAUCGGGGACUUGUACAUGUGGGACUCUGUGCUGUCCACACAACAGAUCCUGUCUGUGCAGCAAGGAUCCUACCUCCUUGAUCCCAACGUGCUGGACUGGAGUGCUCUGGACUAUGAGAGUCAAGGCUACGUGGUCAUCAAACCCCUGGUCUGGGACUGAGGUCUUCAGUCAACAGGAGCCUCUGAGAGCGAAAUGUGUGAGGAAUCCACUCAAGACAACGCCAUGAGAGAUCCCAUAUCCAGAGUGCUUUUGCCUUUGAAUUUCCUGUCUCUGUGUCACUGAGUAGGAAAGUGUGUUGUGUCAUCCCACCUGCAUUUUUUUAGUAUGCAUGGUCUCAAGCAUUUCACUUUGAUCCACUUA